AAAAGUCUUUAUUCCAUCUGGGGUUCUAAUUCCCUCGCGAGGUUGCCUCUGGCCUCUCAGUCGAUCCUCUUCAGGUAACCCAAUUCUAUAUGAUUUUCGUCAGAUCUCGCCAGGUUUUCUUUAUUUCCAUUUCCAUCAGAUGUUAUAGUCUCCGACUCCCAUUCUCUUUUCCUUUUCUAUUUUUAUUCUUUGGCCGAAGAAAUCAACAGAAAAGAUCGACUCAAAUGGCUGCCGGCCGAGCUAUUCAGCACUUUCUGAGGAGGAAGCUCCAGCCGCAAUAUAAUAAGCCCUUUAAUUGAUUGUUGUAUCGGAAACGGCCAUAACGAUUUAUUCUUUUCGUUUUAUAACGGCAUCAACAGAUUCGGUCCCGCCAGUAUUAUCUUCUUUCAUUCUAAAGCAGGAUCAAGAUCGAGUUGGAUCUGCUGGCAUGAAGUCCCUUAGGGCAAUAGCACUCAUUGGAGCUGGUGCUUCUGGGCUUCUGAGUUUUGCAACAAUAGCAUCUUCUGAUGAGGCAGAGCAUGGCUUAGAAUGUCCAAGCUACCCCUGGCCCCACAAAGGCAUUCUAAGUUCAUAUGAUCAUGCAUCGAUUCGCCGUGGUCAUCAGGUUUACCAACAAGUUUGUGCAUCCUGCCAUUCAAUGUCUCUAGUUUCAUACCGUGAUCUUGUUGGAGUGGCAUAUACUGAAGAGGAGACAAAGGCUAUGGCUGCAGAGAUUGAGGUGGUUGAUGGGCCUAAUGAUGAGGGUGAGCUGUUCACCCGCCCUGGUAAGCUGAGUGAUCGUUUUCCUCAGCCAUAUGCAAAUGAACAAGCAGCAAGGUUUGCUAAUGGAGGGGCGUAUCCUCCAGACCUAAGCCUUAUAACCAAGGCUCGGCACAAUGGUCAGAACUAUGUAUUUGCUCUUCUAACUGGUUAUCGUGACCCUCCCGCUGGUAUUUCGAUUAGAGAAGGGCUGCACUACAAUCCCUACUUUCCUGGUGGAGCAAUAGCUAUGCCCAAAAUGCUUAUUGAUGGAGCUGUGGAGUAUGAAGAUGGUACUCCUGCAACAGAAUCUCAGAUGGGAAAAGAUGUUGUGACAUUUUUGUCAUGGGCAGCGGAACCAGAAAUGGAAGAGAGGAAACUGAUGGGAUUCAAAUGGAUAUUUGUAUUGUCACUUGCACUUCUCCAAGCUGCCUAUUACCGGCGCUUGAGGUGGUCCGUCUGGAAGUCACGCAAAUUGAUCGUUGAUGUUGUGAAUUGAUCCUCCUCCAUCCUUUCUUGUACUGGGUAGCAAGUGUCAACUAACAACACUUGUUCUCAUGCUGUUUGAAUUUCGGAGGACAUGAACUGUCAAUAAUGUGUGUUGAGGAUCUAAUUUUGCUCUACUUUAGUCCCCAUUUUAGCUAUUCAUUGAGAGAAAUAAGCCCUACUUCAUACUUUAGUUGUUACAUUAUUUUUCAUUUUCCCUCCAAUUUAUGAAUUUUGGUUAAAUUUUGUGCUACCUCUCA